UAUAGUAUUAUUGACCCAUGCAUUGCUGGUGUUACAUCUGUUCUUGCAGGUUAUGGGCUGUACGUGUCCUGAUGGGUUCUCUGGCUCAUUCUGUCAGAAUCCCUCAGCACCGUGCCGGGGGGAACCCUGUUUUCCCACUGUGGCUUGUGCAACCCCAACAAGUAAAUCUCAAUUUAUAUGCGGUAAAUGUCCUCCUGGAACUGUCGCCAGUGGCGCUGAUGGGGAAAAGUGCUUCUUAAAUGAUCUGUGUCUACCUCCUUAUCCUUUCCCAUGCAGUGAGAAUGCCAACUGCAUCAGUAACAUUGGAUCAUUUUCUUGCCUCUGUAAACCUGGUUUCACUGGAACUGCAAACAACUGCUCAGAUAUCGACGAAUGCCAAACCAUAUCAGCUUGCCCCAAUGCCAAAUAUGAAUGUAUCAAUAGCCCCGGCUCAUUCACUUGUGCCUGUCGCUACCAAAGCACCAGUGACACUGAAUGUGGUGACUCUUCAAAUCCGCCAGGCUGGAACAUAUUUAACUGCACACUGAAGUGGCUCACAAUGGAUGGAAAUAAUCUCAACCCAAGCAGUUCUGCAAAUCUCUAUGAGAGACUCCAAUCUGUCUUGUCCCUUGGAUUCCAGAACAAGUUCUACUCUUUGCAGCUCAAAAAUUCUUCACUCGGAGACUCAUAUUCGGAAUAUAGGAUCAACGUGUCCAGCGACACUCCCCAUUGGUUUGUGAAAGAUUACUUGAUCAGAGUCCGCAACUAUUACCAGUUUGGCGCAGUGUGGGUGGAAGAUGUGAACGAAUGUGAGUUUAAGGAAAACAACUGCAGUGACACCGCCGUGUGUAAAAACACUUAUGGGGGAUACAAAUGUGUCUGUGAUCCAAACAUGAAACUGGAGGCGAACAACUGUGUCCCUAAUGACAGAUCCCAGAAUGAAACCCUGACCGGCACUAAUUCCAUGGAACAGAAUACCCUGAUACUGGGCUUGGUUCUUGGCUUCGGCAUUCCCCUCAUUCUACUGCUGCUCCUUCUCAUCUGUUGCUACUGCUCUCGGAGGAAAGACGGAAAGGCAAAUAUUGCCACAGCACCGGAUAUAAUGGUUGCAGAGAAUAUUCGGGCCUCCAGUUUAUACGCUAAUGAGACGGUGGCGGUCUACAAGGUGCAUCACAUUCCUCCAUCCACUUAUGCACAACGACUGGGAAUUCAAUGACGCUACUUGGAUACAGAAUCACAUGCACUUUACAGACUUUGAUAGGAUAUUGGACAUCAGUGGGUUAUAUAUAUAUAUAUACUCUCAAUAUAGAGUGUUAGUAUCAUCAUUUAAUCUCCAACAAGUGCAAAAAGGAUUAGCACU